CAAAAUGGAUGUUCCUAUCAAUAAUUUCAAAGGGGUAAUGCUCUGCAACAGACCAAAUGAAAAUGUUAUGGUAAUAAAAGAAAAGUAAGGAUUUGAGAAUUAUUCAGGCCAUUCUGCUCAAGAGUCUAACCUUAUGAUUAAUGGGGAUUAACAAAAAAAUAUGAAGAACCCAAAGUGGUUGUACCUCAAACUAAUCCUGUAUUAGAGAGACAUAAGAAAUGGUUAGAGGAGUUCAAACUCUAAAAUCAAAUUAAAAAACAUGCCAAAGAAGAAUUAUAAGCAAGAGAAGAUGAGAAAUUUUUAAGAGUGAGAGAAUUAGCAAAGAAAGACAGGGAAGUCACAAAGAAAAUGAAGGAAGAUUACAAAUAGAUGAAUGAGCUUAUUAAAAAAGAAUUGUAAGAAGAAGCACCAAAAAGUAAAACGUAAAACAAUCAUAAUUAUUGUAUAGUGUGGCAUUAACAGCAGAGAAUCUAAAAAAGCUAGAAGAAAAAGAUUCUAAAUCUGAUAGUAAACCAGGCGACAAGAAAAAGAGAUAUAAAACCAAGCCAGUUUGGGCAAUGACUAAAGAAGUAAUUAACAGUUAUAAAUAUUAUAAAUUAGGAAGAAGAGCAACAUGUGAAGAACGAGGAAGAUGAGCUUUUGAAUUUCGUUGAAAACCUUGAUUAUGAUUCGUAUGUCAAUGACUUAGAAGUACCUAAUUCAGAUAAUUUAGGUUAAUGUUAUGCUCAAGGCUCUCUAAUAAAGAGUUACCGAAAUUAAAAAAUAAGAGUACUAAUAAGAUAAACAGGAUAAUCAACCUGAAUAAAAGUAAGAGUAAAGAGAACCUGACAUUUACGAUAAAAUUAGUUAAUCCUUAGGCAAAAAUGAUGAAGCCAGAUCAGUGCAUUCUGAAAAGACUUAAAGUAAAUUUAGUCCUUAAAUUAGAUUCCAUUAAUCAACUAAGGAAGAAGCAAGAAUAACUAGAAUCUGGAAAGUAAGAUUGGGAUAAGACAACUACAAAUGGAGAUUAAAAAGCAUCAUUGGAAGAUAGAAUUGCAAAGCAUGUUGCUGAUGAAAUCCUUAAUCAAUAUAAGGUAAAGCUAAAUUUAAAUAUUUUAGAAUCUGUCAAAUAUACAUUCCAACUCAUCAAUCAGAAAGAUAUUAGAAAGAGAAGCCAAAAAGACUCUUCUGGAGACUGGUUUACCUGGACCUGUUAUUUCAGUCAUAAAAAAUGAGAAGAUGCCUAGAGAUCCAAAUACACUACCUUACUUACAUCGUAACCCAGCCAUUUGAUAUAUCGAUUUCAUUUUAAAAUAGC